AUGACCGCAACUGCCUCUUCAACUACUCAAUUAGCGUGUCACAAUGGUGGUGUUUCUAUCAAUGGCAUUUGUAAAUGUCCAAGUGGUUAUAAUGGUAUAUUGUGUGAGCACCAGCAAGUUACUGAUUUAUGUACAAAUAUUGUUUGCAAAAACAAAGGCGUUGGUGUUAUUCGAAAUCCAAACGGUUCGUAUGAAUGUGUUUGCCUCUGUCGAGCUGGUUUCUCGGGAGAAUAUUGUGAAAUACAAGGAACUUCGGGUGUUUGUUCGUCCAUUUCAUGUUUGAAUGAUGCUACUUGUCGUGAAAUUGUGAUUGGUGCAACACGAACUGCCUACUGUGAUUGUCUAUUGGGUUAUCGUAGCGUCAAAUGUGAUGAUCGAUAUUUUAGUUGUUCUGCUCCUGGCAAAUUUCGUGACAAUGAGAUGCAUGACCAAGGAAAAUAUUUCGAAUGCUUGGACAGGAACGGAUCAGUACGACUAGAACGAAGAUCCUGUGCCAAAGGACUUCGUUUCAAUACUAGCACACAAGAUUGUACUGGUUAA